ACGUACAACUUAGUAGUACCGGUACGUACCGGACGGUAGGUAUCUUUUUGUUCGUUGGCUUCUACCGAAAAUGCUUCGGCGCGUGCCCACAUUCAAAAUCCUUUCAGGAAGCAUGUGCUACCGUACGGUAGAUCGGGACCCAUUGGUCGUGAAACCACAUCCACGUGCCGUCUCAACGAGCAAAGGGGAACCGAAGAGAGUGGGACGGGCCGUGGGUCCGUUCUGUUCUCCAUCGAACGAAACACCCGCAACCGAAGAACGAUUUUGGCGGCCCGUCCGUGGCGUUCGUUUUAGUGUGUGUUGUCUUGUGUUGUCUUGUGUUGUCUUGUCUUGUCUUUUCCGAUUGGUGUCGUGUGGAUUGUCGAUGCGGUGCCGUGUCCCCGCUUCGAACGAGCACGGUGGGGCGCCGCGGAAUUCCCCAUUCGUUGCUUGCGACUGAGAGAAGUUUCGUCCCGGGAACCAUGGCCACAGCAAUCGGCAACGCGUCGCAUAACAUCGCAUCGCAUCGCAUCACUUCGCGUCGUUCUCGCCCUUUACGUCCUCCAGAGAAAUCAGAACAAAACCCUCUUCCGAUCCGGUUGCCGAUCGACAUUCCCUCGGCUGUGUCUGAUCGGUGGAAUUUCUUCCGGUGCCGAUUCCACCCGCACAGCCGAGACCACAACAAAAGAGAACAAAACAAACGCAACCGAACGAUGAACCGAAGGCCAAGCUCCGUCGCUGCUGGAAACGACAGCCAAACCGCCGGCAGAACGCGAGCUGCCGUGCAUCUUGGGCACAACGGAAGGAACGCCGUGGUCCGACUGUACUGGUGCUGCUUGGCGCUCUGCGGCGCAUCGGUUCUGUUGUACCACCAGGCACCGGUGGUUCCGAGGGACUCGGGCGACGAGCCCCGGCUCCGGACGAUGCCGCGGGCCCGGCCCGGCCAGAACCACGCUCUCCCGCUGGACGGGCUGCACCAACAACGAAAUCGGGACCGAAACCAGCGGCCGUUCAACGGAACCAGCCCCCGGGGGCCGCUGACCCCCUGCCCCGAAAAUUCCCGCAGGCUGGUAUGGUUCCUAAAGGGGCCCACGCACAAGCUGUACGAGCCCGUCUACCGGGCCUUCCACUCGAGGGGCUGGUCGGUCACGAGGGACCCCUCCAGGGCCCACGUCUUGUGGACGAACCAGCCUCCACCGCCCGGGCCGGCCUCCCUACCGGGGGGGAUCCCCCCGAAGCCGUGGCAGAGGUACAACCAGCUGGCCCACACGCACCUGUGGGACGACAAGGAUUCCCUGGCCGCAACCAUGAAGCGCUACUUUGGAAACGACCGGACCGGGGACCCCGAGGCGAGGAGGGGACACGCCUUUCCGGAAUCCUACCUCUUGCACACGCCCGGCGGCCGCGAGGCCUUUCGCCAGCGGCUCCGGGAAGAACACGGCGGCCUCGACCUUCCGUGGGUCCUGAAGGACCCCACCGUCAACGAGGGAAAGGGGGUGACCGUUCUGGCACCCCGCUCUCCGGAACUGGAAGGCCUGGUGGCCCGCCUCGAGCGAGAGGCAGAGCCGGCGAGCGGGGGCACUCCGAACGUUGACGGAGGGGGGGAAGAAAGCGACCGCCUGCUGGUGCAGAAAUACAUCUGCGACGAAAUGACCUACGGGGACCGAAAGUUCGACGUCCGCGUCUUCUGGAUGGUGGCCUCGGUAGACCCGCUCAUUGUGUUCUACCACACCCAGCAGAACUACGUCCGGAUCGGACACGCGGUCUACGACGAAUCCAAUUUCAGCAAUUCCACCAGGGCCCACCUGACCACCCACACCUUUGGCUCGGCAGAGACCAAGGCCACCUGGGACGAAUUCCGGGAGCUCGUCGAACGCCACGUUCUCGACCCGGGUUCGAGAUUCCUCGGUCGGUUCGAUGCGGGCAGCAGCAGCRACAACAACGRCGACAGCGAAAGRGCCCURCUCCUGCCCACCAUCGAGGCCAUACGCAGGGAUCCCUUCGGGCACGUCCAGAAMCAGAUGAAAACGAUCCUUGCCCACCUGGUGGAUGCCUUUCGGAAYACCACCUUUCACGGGCAAUCCACAGCCACCGAAAACGGGUUUUCCUGGCACGCCGCCGACAUGAUCAUCGACAACAACCUCGACGUGUACAUCAUCGAGGGGACGGACGGGCCCGGGAAAGACGAGGACUACGACUUUCGCAUCAAAAUGCACGAAGAAUUGCUAGGAAGCAUGGUGGACAUUCUGGAGGAAGUCGUGGACCGGCAGGAAGAAGGCCGGCCCCUGGACGUUGCCGAGAUGAAAGAAAAAGGGAUUCUCGGCGGGUACGAGGUGAUCUACGACGAUGGCCGGGCCUUCGACUACCGGCACACGCGGCUGCCCCACCCGGGGUGCGGACGCUCGCGGGAGAGGCCACCAAACCGGAAGGGAGGAGGGGGUGCGGCAACACCGGCUCCCCCGACGCGAACCGUGGCACCGGCAACUUUCAGGGCGCUCGCAGAGACGAACCACAAGGCAAUCCCCCGGACCUUUUGGAUGAAGAGCCGGACGAGGCGGCGGUGCGAACCCGCGGCACGGGCCCUCCGGAGAAACGGCUGGACCCCGGUGGACCGUCCCGAGGAAGCCCAGCUGGUCUACCUCUCGGGCGGCGACGACCUGGUCCUCCCGGGCAAGGAGCUCCCGUACGAGCCGGCAAGGUGGCAGCUCGUCAACGAGUUCCCGUCGCAGCACGAGUUUUUCGAGCGCGAGUACCUGAAGCACCUCGACGCGAGCACCGUGCUCUCCUACAAGGACAGCCGCGAACACGACGACGGCGGUGCGUGCCGGCCUGUUGUGCACCGGGGACGGCCGAUCCGGGUCCACGCGUACUGGCUGGUUCUGUCCCUCAGCCCGCUGACCGUUCUGUACCGCGAUGGGUACGUCGGCAUGGACUACUCGGACCGCCACGAGGACGAGUUCCUCGCCCCGCAACCGAGGGGCCUAGACGGAARGGUCGAGGGGAAACGCGUUUGGGAGGGCUCGUGGACCGCCUUGGAGCACUACAUCCACAAGGCCCGUGGGCUCSUCGUACCUCCCCCGCAGGGCGCAGCCCAAAACAGGAGUCCGUGGAAGAACGGGGCCGCGACGGUGGCGGUAGAAAUUCGGUCGGACCCCGUCCUCCACGUGAAGAACCAGAUGAAGCGGGCCCUGGUUUCCAUCGCCGAGGGCUUUCGCGACCACGCCCGUGGGGAGAAGCCCGCGGGCUACAGGCCCUUUGCCCUGUUYCACGCCGACUUUGAGGUCGAUCGCGACCUCAACGUCUUUUUCAGAGACGCGUACCAUUCCUACGUGAGAGGCGAAGACCAUUCCGAGGUGGUGGACCUGCACGCCGACCUGUACGGUUCGGCAUUCCGAAUGCUGGAACACCUCAACGCCACUUCGAACGGGACUUUGGAUCUCCYGGGGGGAAAAUCGMUGGGAAACUACGAAUGGUUGAUCCGCCCAAGCGGAUUGCGGGACGGGCUCUCCCGUGCCGAGGCGGCCACGGGUGGGGUUGCAACGGAAGACAACCCCCGCGACCAUGAUGGCCUCUCGAAAUUUACCUACGAUUGGAACCAAAAGGCCAGAGAAUGCUUCGCGUAGCAGGUUUCGAGGUCGCCCUGAAAAGAUAGUCAUGGGUGGACGCCCAUUUCCGAAACUGGAAGAGUGCUGUUCGAAUUCCUGGGAGAUUCCAAGGCGUGCGUUUGGAUACGAGAGCAAAUCGUUUUUGCAAGAAUUGCGGAGCGCAUGAUUGUUGUAAAAUAGCUUUUUCCUAUAGAUUAUGAAAACCGUGUCAAUUAUUCAAAUCUUU